ACUCUUAACUCUUUCGGUCUUUCCCGGUUUCCCCUAUCAGGAUUCUACAAUUCCCCGCAUUCAACGAAGACUUUUCAUUACCGUUCUCUCGCCGGCUGCUUCUGGUUCGGUGGAACAGACAUGGCAGCUCAAUCUCUAACUACCAAUCUCCAGUCGGUCCACCAAUCCUAUCUCCAAAAACCCAAGCUCCAAUCUCCAGUAAUCCAGUCUCUCAAACCCAAUACCCUAACGAACCCUUCAUGGCUAGGCAAUUUUCAGCCAAUCGCCGAGCUCUCUCUGCAUUCCUCAAGCUCCAGAACCCACCACGGCUCUUCUCUCCAACCCAUUUGCGCUACCGUUUCCAGUCUCCCAACUGCGAAGCCAGAGAGGUUUGCCUCGGGUGAUAAAGUUCCCCAGUGAGUGAUUGAAUUUUGGAUGAUUUUUCCUUUUGUUUGUUUCAAUUUUGUUUCUUUCAGUUGGUUUUGAUGUGGAUCUCUCAUAGGUGGUCAUGGAGGGCGAUAAAGGCGUUUGCUUUGGCUGCAUUGGAGGCAAGGAAGCUGAAAUGCCCUAAAACUGGAACUGAGGCUCUUUUAAUGGGUGUCAUGAUCGAAGGAACCAGUGUUGCUGCGAAGUACUUGUGGGGAAAUGGUAUUACGCUCUUCAAAGUGCGUGAUGAGAUCACGAAGUUGCGUGGGAAGCCUGACUUCUAUUACUUCCCUCCCGAACAACCUCCAGUGACUGAAGAUGCUCAAAGAGCACUUGAUUGGGCCGUUGACCAUGAAAUAAAAUCUGGCAUCAGUGGGGAAAUAACAACGAGUGAUGUGCUUCUCGGCAUUUGGUCAGAAACUGAUUCCCCGGGCCACAAGAUCUUGGCUACACUGGGUUUUGAUGACGAGAAAGCGAAAGAGCUGGAUUCUAAAAGUGCUGGACCUGGGUUAUUAGAGGGAUGGCAGCAAAAUUUAUCAUCCUGAUAAUUGUUGUUGCUCUUCAUAAUCAGGAAUGCAACAGCUCAUGUAUCAUAACUUAUUGCUCAUGAUAGAAUUCAUAAACAGCAUGCAAUUCUUGCUCACUAGGAAGAAACAAGUUGAAGCACAAUUUCAUUGUUCUUUAUCUCAUGAAUGUUGUAACAUCCCAAUAAAUGAUGGAUCUCACUUUCCUGACAGGACUACUAGUAGUUGGAAGAGUCUAAACUAGAUUGUCUUUCUCUCAUGCUUGAACUGUCUGCUGUCUCAUCUCACGGCUUUCGCCUUCUUCCCCUGUCUCACUCGACUUGCAGGCUAGCUGUUGUGCCUUCACAACUUCAGUUCCCCAAUCAAGCCUACCAAUGAAGAUCAGCAACAACAUCAAGCAGGCAGUCAACCCAGCCAAGAACCCUAGCAACAGCCCACUUAGCCCAAAUCCUGCUUUGAAAGCCAAAAACACCCCAAGAGGCAGAGCCACAAGAUAGAACCCACCAACAUUUGCAUACAUCGCCAACCAAGGCCUAGCUGUUCCUCUCACAAUGCCUCCACAAGCAGCCAAAGGGAAAUUGACAAUCUCCAAAACAGCCAUAACCAACAUGGUCUUCUUCACACCUCUUACGAUCUCUUCAUCGCUACUAAACAAAGCACCCCACUUCCCUCGAGCUGCUACCAUUACCAAGCUCCCCACUAGCCCGAAAGCCACGCCUAAACCCAUUGAGACAAAUGCUGAUCUUGAAGCAGCAGCAGACCUCUCUGCUCCAAGCUCAUUCGAGACUCGACAUGAUGCAGAAGUUGCUACAGAUAGCAUCACAGAGAAGAGCAGGUAAUCGAAGUUCAUGACGAUGGCUAACACACCUACUGCCUGUUUUGCAUUUGUUAGGUGGCCAGUAAGCAGGACUAGAAUCUCCCAGCACCACCAUUCCAGGCAUGUGCUGAGGCAGCACGGUCCGCUUAGCUUCAGCAAUCUAAGCCAGUCACCGAGAUCCUGAUCAAGCCAACCCCCUUCCUUCCACUUCCCUCCCUUUCGAUUCUCGCUCACCCACACGUAUAACCCGAGCAAGGUCACAACCAGAAGAUCAGUAAUCCAAGUUGCCAUGGAGACUCCUUUCAUUCCCAUGGUCCUGGAGAGCAGGAUGUUGAUUGGAAUGUGGAACGCGAGGGCUAAGCCCGAGGUGAGCAUGAUGGGGAUCGUGACGCAUUGUGAGCUCAAGUAGGUCUUGAGAGGGCAGAGGAAAGACAUGAUCAACAAGUCAGGGAGAAGAUAGAACAGAUAAUGUUUGGCAACGAGAGAGAUGUCUUCCUGUUGCCCAAAAUGGAUGAGGAUCUUGUCGACGUUAAGCCACAAGAAAGCUAUGGGGAUUGUGGUUACCAACAACAAGAGGAUUGCCAUGAUUAGUGUCUUCUGCAGGAGCUUGAAAUUCCUAGCUCCAUUAGCCUGACCACAGAUUGGCUCCAUGGCACCACAGAGACCAUUUAGGACUGAGAAACCUGUGACGUUGCCAAAUGUUAGGCCGAGUGCCCCCCCUGCUAGCUGAAGCUCUCCAAGCCUGCCGAGGAAUGCUGUUGUGAUGGCGUUUUUGGCAAACCAAGUCAGGUUCAUGGCUAGCAAAGGGAGGAUUAUUGGCCUUUGUGUCUUGAGCUCCCAGAUAACACUGCCCACAAAAUCUGCUGGCCAUUCUGAACUGGGAAUUGGAGUUGGGGAAGAAGUUGGAGAGGUUGUGGGAACUGGGUUCUCUUCAGAAUUUUUUGCAGAAGACAUAAUGGCUCAAAAGAUGGAUACUUUGGGUCUAUUGCUCUCUACAACUGCCAAAUAUAUAAUCUUUUCUUGAGGAAUGGAUUAGUGAGUGGAGGGAUUAAUCUUGGUUCACAAAUGGUAAAAAGAUUAGAAAUGUGUGCAUGGGUUUCGUGAAGCAGCUGGUUUGUUGCAAAAGGAGGAAAUUGUGGCUUUUGGGUAAUCAGGUAAUUGAUGGGGGGAGAGCUGGUGAUAAUUCUGCAACUUAUAGUGGGUGGUGACAUGGGAACGGCCAAAAAUGUUGAGAACCAAUAUCAGGCUUUUGCAGAUUUCUUUCCUCUUUUCUGGAAAAGUUUUCAGAUUUCUUUCCUUAAGACGGCAAUUGGACAAUAAUUGCAGUUGGGUAGUUUUGUAUGAAGUAAAAUACUGUUGGGAAAUGAGUUUGGUUCAGGG